AGAAAACAGCUGAUGCCUUGAGGCAGAGCUGACGCGGGGGUUUUUAUUGCGUCGAAAUCCUGUACACCGUCUUUUUCAUUGAGACUGCGUGUGGAUUGGGUUGUUAUUAUAUCCUGUAAGAAUUUAAUUGUUUGAAAUAUGGCUUACUGUGGGCGUGCCGUCCUCACCAAGGCGUGCCGGGCGGUGUCGCAGCAGACGCAGUCCCGGUGCUUCCAUCAGUCGCCGCUCAGCUAUGCCGCCACCAAGGCCGCCAUGUCCCGGCUGGAUGACGUCCCCCUCCCCUACGACAAACUCCAGAAGAACUACGAGGUCGUCAAGAAGAGGCUGAACCGUCCAAUGACGGCCUCAGAGAAGGUGCUCUACAGCCACCUGGACCAGCCGACCUCCCAGGAGCUGGAGCGGGGCACCUCCUACCUGCAGCUGCGGCCCGACCGCGUGGCCCUGCAGGACGCCACCGCCCAGAUGGCACUGCUGCAGUUCAUCAGCUCCGGACUGCCGCGGGUCGCCGUGCCGUCCACCAUUCACUGCGAUCAUCUGAUUGAGGCGCAGGUCGGCGGUGUGAAGGACUUGGCUCGUGCCAAAGACAUCAACAAGGAGGUAUACGAUUUUCUGGCCUCGGCUGGAGCCAAGUACGGCCUGGGAUUCUGGAAACCCGGGUCGGGCAUCAUCCAUCAGAUUAUUCUGGAGAACUAUGCGUUCCCUGGCCUGCUGAUGGUCGGCACCGACUCCCACACCCCCAAUGGAGGAGGCCUGGGCGGCCUCUGUAUUGGAGUCGGCGGCGCCGACGCUGUGGAUGUCAUGGCCGACAUCCCCUGGGAGCUCAAAUGCCCCAAGGUGAUUGGCGUUCACCUGACGGGCGCGCUGUCCGGCUGGACCUCGCCCAAGGACAUCAUUCUGAAGGUGGCCGGCAUCCUCUCUGUCAAGGGCGGCACCGGCGCCAUCGUCGAGUACUUCGGACCGGGACUGGACUCCAUCUCCUGUACCGGUAUGGCCACCAUCUGUAACAUGGGCGCCGAGAUCGGCGCCACCACCUCGCUGUUCCCGUACAACCAGCGGAUGCACGACUAUCUGGCCGCCACUGGACGCAAGGAGAUCGCUCUGGCGGCCGACGAUAACGCCGCGCUGCUGACACCCGACUCGGGAGCGCCCUACGAUCAGCUGAUCGAGAUCAACCUGUCCGAGCUGAAGCCGCACGUGAACGGUCCUUUCACACCCGACCUGGCCACGCCCAUUGACGAGCUGGCUGAGACGGCCAAAAAGAACGGGUGGCCGCUCGACAUCAAAGUCGGUCUGAUCGGCUCGUGCACCAACUCGUCGUACGAGGAUAUGGGCCGGUGCGCCUCGCUGGCCAAACAGGCCAUGGACCACGGCCUCAAGGCCAAGUCCACCUUCAACGUGACGCCCGGCUCGGAACAGAUUCGGGCCACUAUCGAGCGCGACGGCAUUGCUGAGACGCUGCGCGAGUUUGGCGGCACCGUCCUGGCCAACGCCUGCGGCCCCUGCAUCGGCCAGUGGGACCGGCAGGACGUCAAGAAGGGCGAGAAAAAUACCAUCGUCACGUCCUACAACAGAAACUUCACCGGGCGUAACGACGCCAACGCGGCCACCCACGCGUUCGUCACCUCGCCAGAGCUGACCACAGCUCUAUCGCUGGCCGGAACGCUCACCUUCAACCCUCUGACGGACUCGCUGACGGGCGCGGACGGCAAGGAGUUUAAACUGGCGGCGCCGAACGGAGACGAGCUGCCCAGCCGCGGCUUUGACGCCGGCGAGGACACGUACCAGCACCCGCCGACCGACAACGCCGCCGUCAAGGUGGUGGUGGACCCGGAGUCGAAGCGUCUCCAGCUGCUGGAGCCGUUCCAGCCCUGGGACGGCAAGGACCUCGACGACCUCACCAUCCUGCUCAAGGUCAAGGGCAAGUGUACCACGGACCACAUCUCUGCCGCCGGACCGUGGCUCAAGUUCAGAGGGCACCUGGACAACAUCUCCAAUAACAUGUUCCUCACUGCCGUGAAUGCCGACACGGGUGAGAUGAACGCCGUGAAGAACCAGGUGACGGGCGAGGUCGGCCCGGUGCCGGCCACCGCGCGCGACUACAAGGCGCGUGGCAUCAGCUGGGUGGUCGUCGGAGACGAAAACUACGGCGAGGGCUCGUCGCGCGAGCACGCCGCGCUGGAGCCGCGCCAUCUCGGCGGGCGCGCCAUUAUCGUCAAGUCGUUCGCGCGCAUCCACGAGACCAACCUGAAGAAGCAGGGCAUGCUGCCGCUGACCUUCUCCAACGCUGCCGACUACGACAAGGUCCGCAGCGACGACAAGCUGUCGCUGAAGGGACUCAAGGACUUGGCGCCGGGAAAGCCGGUGGAGUGUGUGCUGAAGCACGCCGACGGCAGCACCGACACCAUCCAGCUACAGCACUCGAUGAACAAUCAGCAGAUCGAGUGGUUCAAGGCUGGCUCUGCGCUCAACAAGAUGCGGCAGCAGUCGUAGAGCGGUGCUGAAUAGUGGCGCCUAGCUGAGCGUGGGUUCGCAUCCCGCCGCGGGUGGACUUUUCCGUGUCGGUCGCGCACGGGGGAUUGGUGGUUAUGGUGAGCUGUUUUGAAGUUCCGCGCCAUGUGAUGAGCUUGCCAGGUCGAAGGGUCGCGCGGAGGAUCCGUUUUCGGACCGGUAGUAAGAAGUCAGGGGGGCUGACAGGCUUAAAUUAGUCGCGCUGCAUAACGUGCCGACGAAUGAUUGUGACUUUCCCCGUUACCUUAUUGUAGAUUCAGAGUCCCGGCGGGACCGCUGCAGGAUUGGGCGGGCUCAAAUCAGGCCGAGUUUUCAUCCGUCGCCGGUGUUUGAUCUGAGAGUCUAUAGGUCCAGCGGAGUGGCUGGACACCCGAUGUGAAACGAUCGGUGGCCGUUAUGGCACGUGCAAUCGCCGAGACACUGUAUCUACUACCUGCACUGUACAGAGGGGAGGGCGAGCAUGCCGUAUGUGAGAGUGUCCAAUACAUGUGUUUGGAUGAG